AUGGGGAUCGACACGGCGGCGUUCGUGAGCCUGGUGAACACUGCGCUCCCCAGCCUCGUCGCCAAGGGCUUCCGCCGCCGCGCGGGGAAGGACGCGGGCGGAGCGGGCGCGGCGGGCGGCGCUGCGGCGGGAGGCACGUUCGGAAGCGACGGGGGGGAGGCGCUAGGGGUGUAUCGGUCGGAGGGCAGGAUUGAUACUGAUGCGCGGGGGGGGUUCCGCGCAGGGGAAGUGAAGGGGGUUUACGCGGACGCGCGCGGAUUGCACCGGACGGGGAGUGGGUUUACCAUUAGCGGGUUCCCCAAGAGCGCAAGCGCAAGUGCAACGGCCGGGGGAGAGCCAGACAGGCGGGGCGCGGCUGCGGUGGACAGCUCCGCGCAGCCCCCGCAGAAGAGCUCGCUUGGCGGCGGCGGCGGAAGCGACGGGGCCGUUACGAGCGCAAGUGCCAGCGGACUUGCGGGAGGAGCCGCGGACGGGGGGAUGGGUGUGUCAGGCGGAGGGGGGUUGAAGGGGGGAGGGGGAGGGGAGGGCGCGGGGGCAGGGGGAGCGCGAGGAGCGGGGUUGGGAGAGGAGCUUCCAGACGUGGCGAUUGGUGUGCUUUCAAAAUGGGUGCACCUGGGACGAGGCUGGGCUCCUAGGCUCUUCAUCCUCGAUAAGGGCGUGCUGUCAUACUGCAAGAUAGAGGGUCCCCACCGGGCCAGCGUGCUGCUAGAGGUGCAGCGGCGCCCUGGCGCAUGCCUUGUGGGGGAUGAGGUGUCAUCGCUACGGGAGAGCCAGUCGGACGAGAAGAAGUUUUACGUGUUCAGUGGAACCAAGACGCUCGACCUGAGAGCAGAGUCUCGUGAUGACAGAGGCCUCUGGCUGGACCUGCUACAAGCGGCCAUGGAGCGCAUGGGGCGCAGCCAGAGGGAGGCAGAGCAGGCGACGUUUGUGGCAGACGUGACUCUAGAGCCCCUGCGCGCGUGCCUGGCGCGGGCUGAGGUCAGCGCGGAGGUGAUCAAGGAGUGCGAGGAGGUGGUAAGGAGGGAGGUGCUGCAGCGCCUGCAGCUGCGGCUAAGGGAGGAGCAGGAGAGGAGACAGAUGCUGCACGAGAGGAUCAGCCAGCUGGAGGCGGAUAAGGUGGAAUUAGAAUCAGCAGUGGUGGAGGAGUCGCUGCAUCAUACUCGAGACGGCGAUGAGCAGAGCGAAACAACCACCGCCACAGCAGCCACUGACGCCGUCAAAGGCACGCCUGUGCUUCUCCCCUUGACAGAGAACGACCGAGAAGAGGUCGAGCAGGAGGAGAGUGGGGAGGAGGGCGAGGACGAGGGCGAGGACGAAGGGGACGAAGGGGACGACCACAGCAGCACACAGGCAGGAGAGGAUGAGUUCUUUGAAGCCAUGGACGAAUUCGUCGGCUCGCGCCGCUGGGAGGAGCUCGCCUCCCGCUCCCUCUCCCUCUCCCUCUCGCUCUCCUCCCUCUCCUCCCCCCCCGGCGGGUCCUUUGAGCGAUCCCUGUCCAGCCUGUCGGGUCUAGACAUGGAGAAAGUGGGUUUCACGUACCCGUAUGUGCCGCGGCGGGAGAGGUUGCCUGAGCCGGCUGAGGAGGAGAAGGCAGUAGGGCUGUGGAAUAUAAUCAAGGACUGUGUGGGCAAGGAUAUGUCCAAGAUAUGUUUGCCUGUGUAUUUUAAUGAGCCGAUUAGCACGCUGCAGAAGUGCUGCGAGGAGAUGGAGUAUAGCUGGCUGCUUGACCGCGCUGCUGAGUAUGGCCGCCGAGGCGAGCAUCUGAUGCGGGCGCUACACGUGGCAGCGUUUGCGAUGUCAGCCUAUGCAGCGAGUGCGGAGCACCGAGUGCAGAAGCCAUUCAACCCGCUCAUCGGAGAGACCUACGAGGCCGAUUUCCCCGACAAGGGCUUUCGAUUCAUCUCCGAAAAGGUGGUGCACCACCCGCCCAUAGUGGCAGCGCACUGUGAGGGGCGGGGAUGGCGGUUCUGGGGCGACUGCAACAUCCGCAUCCGCUUCUGGGGGCCGUCAAUGCAGCUCGAGCCGCUGGGGGUGCUGUCCGUGGCGUUUGACGAUGGGGAGGUGUUCGAGUGGAACAAGGUGACAACGGGCAUAUAUAAUCUGAUCAUAGGCAAGCUGUACAUAGACCACUACGGCACCAUGCGCAUCAACAGCAACCGGGGCAUCUCCGUGCGCCUCAAGCUCAAGGAGCGCUCCUUCUUCGACCGUGACACACACCAGGUGCGGGGCUAUGCGGUGGGUGAGAAGGGGGAGAAGCUGGCAACGCUGGUGGGGCGGUGGGACGAGUCGUUGCACUAUGUGCCGGGGGACCUGUCACACAAGGAGCAUGGCAAGGCGGCCAAGGACGACCAGCACCUCAUGGCGCACGCGCACCUGCUGUGGCGCAAGUCCCCCCCCUCGCCCUUCCCGUGCAAGUACACCUUCACACCGUACUGCAUCACUCUCAACGAGAUCACCCCCGACCUCAAGGGUGUUCUCCCUCCCACGGACUCACGUCUACGUCCGGACCAGCGGGCAUUGGAGGAAGGGUACUUUGACCGCGCCAAUGAGGAGAAGAUUCGCCUCGAGACACGGCAACGACAGGCGCGUGAGAGCAAGGAGGAGGGGUGGCAGCCGCGGUGGUUCAAGCAGAUGGGGCCGCACAACACGUGGACAUAUGUGGGGGGGUACUGGGAGCAGCGCGCUGCCAAGGACUGGUCUUCUAUUAAGGAUAUCUUUGCAGGCGAGGAGGCAAAAUGA